GGCAGAACACGUGGCUGCCGUGCGGCCGCUCGCCUGCUGGGAGCAGAGAGGGCCGGGCCUGUCGCGAGCGCCAUGGCGGCUGCAGGAGUGGGAGCCACGGCAUGCGGCGGGGAGGAAGAGGCCGAGGCCUUGGGGAGCACCACCUUCGUAACAGGGACCCCCUGCGCCUUCUCUCCCCGUGACCGGCGCUUGCUGGCCCUCUCCGGGCCGGAUGGGCGGCUCCGCGUGUGGGAGACGCCGAGCAGCCGCCUGCAGCACGAGUACGUGCCUUCUGCCCACCUCAGCGCCGCCUGCACCUGCCUGGCCUGGGCCCCGCCGGGAGCGGGAGGAGGAGGCCGGCUGGUCCCGAGCAAGGAAGGCCCUCAGAGGAAGAAGAGGAAAUCUGAAGUUGUAGAAGCAGGUGAACAGUUAGAUCUUUUGGCUAUUGGUACAGCUGUUGGAAGCAUUUUAUUAUACAGCACAAUAAAAGGAGAAUUACAGAGUAAACUAAGUGGCCAUGACAAUAAAAUAAACUGUGUACGGUGGCAUCAAGACAACGGUUGCUUAUAUAGCUGUUCAGAUGACAAAAAUAUUGUGGAAUGGAACACACAGACAUGCAAAGUGAAAUGCAAGUGGAGGGGAGACAACAGCAGUGUGAGUUCGUUGUGCAUCAGUCCUGAUGGGAAGAUGCUUCUUUCUGCUGGUCGAUCUAUCAAAUUGUGGGACUUGGAGACCAAAGAAGUCUACAGACAUUUCACAGGACAUGCCACAGCAGUUUCAACGCUCACGUUCAUCACAUUAAGGCCUCCCAAUGAAAAUCAACCCUUUGAUGGGAUUACAGGGCUCUAUUUCUUGUCUGGGGCAGUUCACGACCGGUUACUGAGUGUUUGGCAGGUGAGGUCAGACAGGACAGAAAAGAAUGCUGUGAUGUCUUUUACAGUUACAGAUGAACCAAUCCAUGUUGAUCUCACAAUAUCAGAAAGCAAAGAAGAGCCUGUGAAACUGGCAGUUGUAUGCAGAGAUGGGCAGCUACACUUAUUUGAGCAAGUCUUGAAUGGAUACUGCAAAAAGCCCUUGACAUCAAGCCGUACUAUCCAGAUAGCAACACCUGGAGAGGGUUCUGAUUCUACACCAAAGCCAGUUCCUAUUCUUGCUGCUGCGUUUUGUUCAGACAAGCAGUCCUUGCUACUUGUGUAUGGAUAUUCCUUUCAGCCGAUCAUUGAGAGAGUGACCCUCAGAACUCCAGAAUCUCACACAUGCUUAGUGAGGGAUGUUCAGAAGACCCUGGCACUUAAAACAGAAACGGCUGUAACAAUGGUGAAGACUCCCAUAGUGAACUCAGAAGCCAAAAUGCUAAUACCUGGAAUUCCUGGACACAGUGCAGCUGUCAGAUCUUCAUCUUGCAGAGAAAAAAAUGAAAAUAAGAGGAAGCCGGGCGGCAAAGAGGAGAGCAUUGAAGACCGCCUUGGCGCAAUGGAUAUUGAUACGAUGAAAGUGAAAUUGCCAUCAGGUGGCCUUCCACAGACUGAUAAUUUUGCAGUGCUCUUAGUUCAGGGUUUGGAAAGCAGUGAUCCUGAGAUCUUAAAUAAAGUGCUUCAAGUCAAGAAAGAAGCGGUAAUAAAGAAAACUGUAGCCAGAAUACCUGUACAUGCUGUCAUUCCAUUGCUGCAUGAACUCACAAAAAGAUUGCAAGGUCACCCAUACAGUGCCUCACAAAUGGUUCGGUGGCUGAAAUCUGUUUUAACUACGCAUGCAUCUUACCUUUCAACAUUGCCUGAUCUGGUCCCCCAGCUGGGAAUGCUGUAUCAGUUAAUGGAGAGCAGAGUGAAGACUUUGCAGAAGCUCUCUCGCUUACAUGGAAAACUCUAUCUUAUUAUCACUCAGGUUGCUGCAUUAGAACAGGCUCAGGACAAAACUGAUGUUAACCAGACAGCAAAGCUGGUGUAUGAAGAAGAAUCAGAAGAAGGUUCGGAUGAUGAGAUAGCUGCCGAAAAGGAUUCCGAUGAGAACUGGGAUGAAGAUGAUGAGAGAGAAGAUGAUGAGGAGAAAAAGGAAGAAUCAGACAGUGAGCAAGAAAUGGCUGUAGAAAAAGAAAUUAAUGGAGAAUCAGAUUUGGACCCAGAAAAUGAAAGUGAAGAAGAAUAACAACAUGUACUUUUAAAAGAAACCAAACCUAUCAGAAAGAGCUGGCUGCCAGAACUUUAAAUGGAUUGCCAUGCUGAAAAUAGUUUGCAUCACACAAGGACUUGGUGCUUGGUUGACAGAUGUGAGAGAGCAUAUUGGGACACUCUUCCAAGCCCAGAAUGUUUAACCAUGCCAGCCUUCAUUGCUCCUCCCCAAAUUUUGUGGGAUCACAGUGAAACACUUCUACAUAGUAAGCAAAUUAUCCCCGUUACUUGGACAUUUCAUUUUACAUCUUGGAUAAAAUAUCUUACCAAGGCCCAUUGGAUGGUAACCUUAUUGCAGCUCCUGUUUUGUUAGUUUCUAAUUCCAAAGGAUCAAAGACCACUCUUAUCUUAAACGCCUUUAGUUAGUACUUGCCAGUUGGAUUCUUUCUACCUUUUUUGGGAAGAAAAAUAUUUUUGUAAGAUAUAAGGCUGUUGAAUUUACUGAUAGUUUGCCACCCUGCCCAUUUCUAUACCUCUGUAGCAGAAGUGUUCAUACCUUGGCAGUGAUGUGAUGCCAUCCAGGUUGAAAGUAACAUUUACUUUUAAAAACCAGACUGACUUUUUUAUAUACGUGUGUGUGUAAAUUGGUCAUUUCCCUCCUAUUUCUUUAAAAAAAACCCUGCUGGACUCAUGGUGGUUCCUUACUUUUGUUUUAACUGAGCUUAUAUGUAAAUUUAGCGCUGACCCAGAGAGUGUUCAUCUUUGUAAGGGUAAGGAUUUAAAAUCAAAAUAAUGAAAAGCAGGACAGAUGCUUGUGAAUAUGUAACACAAAGCCUAUACAUUUAUUAUGAAUUUUUAAUCUGAGGGGCAGAAAUGAGGUUGUUCUUUGUUCAGUUAAGCUGAAUCACUAUAAACAAUUUUUAAGAACAAGGUUACAUAACAGUCUUGAGCCAUUCUCCAAUAUAAUAUACAGUUAUAUUUGUCUAUAACUGGAGCUGUUGCAAAUACUGCUCUUUGUAAAGUCAAUAAAUAUUCUUCUCCUUUA